GAAAGAACUUGAGACCUUCAAAGCUGGACUCGAGGCAGAGCACACGCAGAAGGUCCUGGAGAUGGAGCACACCCAGCAGCUGAAGCUGAAGGAGCGGCAGAAGUACUUCGAGGAAGCCUUCCAGCAGGACAUGGAGCAGUACCUGUCCACGGGCUACCUGCAGACGGCAGAGAGGCGAGAGCCCAUGGGCAGCAUGUCGUCCAUGGAAGUGAAUAUUGACAUGUUGGAGCAGAUGGACCUGGUGGACAUAUCUGACCAGGAGGCCCUGGAUGUCUUCUUGAACUCAGGCGGAGAAGAUAACACUGCGCUGUCUCCUGUCCUAGGAUCUGAAUCAAGUAUUGGUCAGAAUGAAAUUAUUCUUCAGGUUCCAAAUUCCUCCGAGUUACGAGGCAAGCUGCCUUCCUCAUCCUCCAUCUGCAGCAACCCGGCUGCCCAGGAGCCCAGCGGAGGCGGAGAGUCCCCGCUGGUUCAGUCUGACGAGGACGGAGUUGAAGUGGACACAGCCCUCACCACUCAACACAGUGACGACAGUGACUCCUGAACACAGCCUGAGAGGACGGUGCGGCUGCACGCAGAACCCCACAGAGGCAGGUGGCUUUACGGAGGCUCCUGAUUUUUACACAGUUGCCAAUGUGUGACAAACUGUAAGAAUCAUUAAUAAAAUGUGAGGACAUUCAACCGAGAGCAUACAUAACCAGUCUGUACAGAAAGGCUUGUGAAUACACACGUCCUUCAGGCCUUGGGAGAGCAGGAAGGGUGGCUCAGGUCCAUGCAUGGCUUAGCACUAAGUAAAAAAAAA